AGGAUCCAGAGCAGUAGGUAAACAUUAGCUUACUGCAGGAGAGGAGACAAGCAAAGGAGAUACAGAUAUCCCUCCACCAUGGAUCUGGUCGAGGACUACGAUUACUAUGACAACCUAACCCUGAACUACAGCUAUGAGGACUACCACACUGUGUGUGAAAAGGCUGAAGUGCGCUCCUUUGCUGGACUCUUCCUCCCUGUGGUGUACUCAGUCUGUGUGGUGGUUGGGCUAGCCGGGAACUCCCUGGUGCUAUCCGUCUACGCCUACCAUAAACGUCUGAGGAGAACCAUGAUGGACGCCUUCCUAGUCCACCUGGCCAUAGCCGACCUCCUUCUCCUCCUCACCCUGCCCUUCUGGGCUGCGGACGCGGCGCAGGGCUGGGAGCUGGGCCUGCCUCUCUGUAAGCUGGUCUCUGCCUGCUACACCAUCAACUUCACCUGCUGCAUGCUGCUGCUUGCCUGUGUUAGCAUGGACCGCUACCUAGCAUCUAUUAGAGCGGAGGGAAGGAACCAGGGAAGGCUAGGCAGGGUCUUCACCCGGGCUCACUGUGGGAAAGUCUGCCUGGGGGUGUGGGCUGUGGCUUUCCUCCUGGGUCUUCCAGACCUGCUGUUCUCCACGGUGAGCGAGACCUCCGGGAGAAGGGUCUGUUUGGCUGUCUACCCACCCAGUCUGGCCCAGGAGGUCAAGGCCAGCCUAGAGAUGGUGGAGGUGCUGUUGGGGUUCCUGGUGCCGCUCCUGGUGAUGGCGUGGUGUUACUUCAACGUUGGGCGUGUGUUGGGGCGACUCCCAGUGGAGAGUAGGGGGAGGAGGCUGAGCGCUAUCCGGGUGUUACUGGUCGUGGUGGGGGUGUUCGUGGUCACCCAGCUGCCCUACAACGCUGUGAAGAUGUGCCGGGCGAUGGACUCUGCCUACACGCUGGUGACCCACUGCGGUGUGAGUAAGGCCCUGGACCGGGCGGCACAGGUCACUGAGAGCCUGGCUCUGACCCACUGCUGUCUCAACCCACUACUCUACGCCUUCCUAGGGUCCUCCUUAGGAAAGCAUGUACUGAAAGCAGCCAAGGCGUUUGGAGAAAGGACAAGGAGAAGGGAGGAGCAAGCUGUGGAGAUGUCCUUCAACAACUCUCAUGCCGCCUCACAGGAGACUAGUGCCUUUUCCAUAUGAGACAGAGACAGAGACAGAGACAGAGAGAGGGAGAGAGAG